AUGCCAACAUGGCUUCUGUUCAUAUCUAUCUAUCUAUCUAUCUAUCUAUCUCAGUUCGUUUCAUAUCUACCUCAUUCUGUUCAUAUCUAUCUAUCUUUCUAUUCAUCUAUCUAUCUAUCUGUUGAGACGUUAAACACUUCUGUUUCCCCCACUUUCUUUCUUUCUUUCUUUCUUUCUUUCUUUCUUUCUUUCUUACUUUCUUUCUCUUUCAGUGGAGACAAGACGUUAAACACUUCUGUUUUCCCCCUUUCUUUCUUUCUUUCUUUCUUUCUUUCUUUCUUUCUUUCCUUCUUUCUUUCUUUCUUUCUCACUAAACCAAGCAGUAAGACGUUAAACACUUCUGUUUCCCCCUUUCUUUCUUUCUUUCUUUCUUUCUUUCUUUCUUUCUUUCUUUCUUUCUUUCUCACUAAACCAAGCAGAGACGUUAAACACUUCUGUUUCCCCCACUUUCUUUCUUUCUUUCUUUCUUUCUUUCUUUCUUUCUUUCUUUCUUUCUUUCUCACUAAACCAAGCAAAGACGUUAAACACUUCUGUUUCCCCCCUUUCUUUCUUUCUUUCUUUCUUUCUUUUCUUUCUUUCUUUCUUUCUUUUCUCACUAAACCAAGCAGUGUAACUAAUAUGCCUUUUCUUUCUUCCGACUCGAUCAAAAGGAAUAGUCUGCUAUUUAUGAGAUAUUGGCAGGAGACGUUAAACACUUCUGUUUUUUCCCCUUUUCUUUCUUUUCUUUCUUUCUUUCUUUCUUUCUUUCUUUCUUUCUUUCUUUCUUUCUUUCUCACUAAAAACCAAGCAAAAGACGUUAAACACUUCUGUUUUCUUUCCUUUCUUUCUUUCUUUCUUUCUUUAACUAAUAUGCUUUCUUUCUUCCGACUCUUUCUUUCCGUUCACUUUCUUUCUUUCUUUCUCACUAAACCAAGCAAACCAAAAGACGUUAAACACUUCUGUUUCCCCCUUUUCUUUCUUUCUUUCUUUCUUUUUUCUUUCUUUCUUUCUUUCUUUCUUUCUUUCUCACUAAACCAAGCACCUCAAACGCAAAAUCAGCAACUCUUCCGUCGCUUUGGGCAAAAGCAAGACAAGGCACUGAAAAUUACCUCAUCCGGACAUACAUAUCAACGUCAAGGCUCAAAGUAUUUCUUUCUUUCUUUCUUUCUUUCUUUCUUUCUUUCUUUCUUUCUUUCUUUCUUUCAUUCAUUCAUUCAUUCUUUCUUUCUUUCUUUCUUUCUGGUUUUACUUCUUUCUUUCCUAAACUCUCCUCUUCCUUCUUUAUUUCUUUCAUUCUUUCUUUAG